AUGAAGAAUAUUUUUGUAUUGGCCAGUGCCUUGUUGGUCCUGGCAGCUAGUGUAAAUGCCGCCAGCUUGAGCCAAAGUGCACGCGCCGCCGAUAAUGCCCUAUACAGUCGUUUCUUGUGCCGCAAUAGACCGAAUGGCUUCAAGACAAUGGUGCCUGGCAGUUGCACCAGCUACUAUACGUGUUAUAACGGUGCAAGCCUACAAAUCGAUUGCCCUUACUACUAUGAUGGUGUGAAAAAUAUGUGCGUCGAUCAAAAUCCAGGUUGUGUUGAAGAUCUGGCUGAAGUUGCGACCGCACCGAAAGCUAUUGGUGCAGCACCAUGUGAUGGUGUUGUUAAGGGUUACGUUGUUGGUGAAAAUCAGGCGCAAUGGUAUCAGUGUCUAAAUAGUGCUGUGGUAAAUUCUGGCGUUUGCCCAAGUGGACAGGAAUAUAAUUUGGUAUUACUGCAAUGUGAUGUUAAAUCGUCAUGUGGUGGAGCUGAUCAACCAUCAUGCAGUGGAAAUGAUGCAACUACUCCUGCGCCAGCAACUGAAGCUCCAACAACAUGCGCGCCACUAACUGAUGCUCCAACCACCCCCGCACCAACUCCAUGCGCGCCAACAACUACGACAACAACACCUGUACCCCCAACAACAACUACAACCACAUGCGCACCAACAACAACUACAACUACUCGCGCACCAACAACAACUACUACAACUACUUGCGCACCAACAACAACUACAACUACUCGUGCACCAACAACUACUACAACCACAUGCGCACCAACAACAACUACAACUACUCCUGCACCAACAACAACUACAACAACUACUUGCGCACCAACAACAACUACAACAACAACUUGCGCGCCAACAACCACUACAACUACUUGCACCAACAACAACUACAACAACUUGCGCGCCAACAACUACUUCAACUACUCGUGCACCAACAACAACUACAACUACCCGCGCACCAACAACUACCACAACUACUUGCGCACCAAAAACAACUACAACUACUUGCGCACCAACAACAACUACUCGUGCUCCAACAACUACCACAACUACUCGUGCACCAACAACAACUACAACUACUUGCGCACCAACAACUACCACAACAACGUGCACACCAACAGCAACACCAACAGUAACACCAAAGUGCACACCAAUUGUAACACCAACAUUACACCAACAGUAACCCCAACGUGCACACCAACUGUUACACCAACGGUAACCCCAACUGUAACACCAACAGUAACACCAACAGUAACACCAACUGUAACACCAACGGUAACACCAACAGUAACACCAACUGUAACCCCAACGUGCACACCAACUGUAACACCAACGUUAACGCCAACAGUAACACCAACUGUAACCCCAACGUGCACACCAACUGUAACACCAACAGUAACCCCAACAGUAACACCAACAGUAACACCAACCGUAACACCAACUGUAACCCCAACAGUAACACCUACGUGCACACCAACUGUAACACCAACGGUAACACCAACAGUAACACCAACAGUAACACCAACGAUAACACCAACAGUAACCCCAACAGUUACACCAACAGUAACCCCAACGUGCACACCAACUGUAACACCAACUGUAACACCAACGGUAACACCAACAGUAACACCAACAGUAACUCCAACGUGCACACCAACGGUAACACCAACAGUAACCCCAAUAGUAACCCCAACUGUAACCCCAACAGUAACACCUACGUGCACACCAACUGUAACACCAACAGUAACACCAACAGUAACCCCAACAGUUACACCAACAGUAACUCCAACGUGCACACCAACGGUAACACCAACUAUAACCCCAACGUGCACACCAACUAUAACCCCAACAGUAACACCAACUGUAACACCAACAGUAACCCCAACAGUUACACCAACAGUAACACCAACGGUAACCCCAACAGUAACACCGACGUGCACACCAACUAUAACCCCAACAGUAACACCAACUGUAACACCAACAGUAACCCCAACAGUUACACCAACAGUAACCCCAACGUGCACACCAACUGUAACACCAACAGUAACCCUAACAGUAACACCAACAGUAACACCAACAGUAACACCAACGGUAACCCCAACAGUAACACCGACGUGCACACCAACUAUAACCCCAACGGUAACACCAACUGUAACACCAACAGUAACCCCAACAGUUACACCAACAGUAACCCCAACGUGCACACCAACUAUAACCCCAACAGUAACACCAACUGUAACACCAACAGUAACACCAACAGUAACACCAACAGUAACCCCAACGUGCACACCAACGGUAACACCAACAGUAACCCCAACAGUAACCCCAACAGUAACCCCAACAGUAACCCCAACGGUAACCCCAACGGUAACCCCAACAGUAACACCGACACCAUGUUCCACAACGACAGUUAAGCCACCGUGCACACGAACAACACCACCAUGCACAACAACUCCAUGCCCAACAAUAACUACACCAUGCCCGCAAAGCUCUCUGUAUAUAAACAACCACGAAACCCCAAGCGAAACAUUACAGUCCAACGUAUAUGUGCGACCAUCUCAGCAAUCGGUUCGACCUAUAUCUGUCUUACCACCGCAAUCUCAUCAAUCUAAUAUGGAUUUAUACAUAAAAUACGUGUGUCAAGGCAAACCAACCGGUUUUAUGCUACCCUCAUUGAGGAGCUGCAACGAAUACUACAUUUGCCGUAACGGUCUUGCACUGAAAGUUAGUUGUGGCAGCGCCUAUUUCAACGCCAUGAAGGGACAAUGCGAUUUGCCGGAGAAUAGCGGUUGCAUACAACCAUAUCAGCGAUUAUAUUGA